AUGGAUCCAAGUGUCAAGCUUCUACCAAAUCAGGGGGAGCCCCUUUCAGAUCAUAAGAGGUAUAGAAGAUUGGUUGAAAAGUUGAACUACCUCACCGUCACUCGACCUGACAUUUCAUUUGCAAUUAGUGUGGUAAGUCAGUUUCUUAAUUCUCCAUGUCAAGAACAUCGGAAUGCCGUUAUUCCUAUUCUUAGGUAUAUCAAGGCAUUUCUAGGAAAAUGCCUUAAUAUGAAGAUAAAGGUCAUGUUAAAGUUGUUGGAUACUUUGAUGCUGAUUGGGCCGGUUGUCCUACUGAUAGGAGAUCUACUAGUGGAUAUUGUGUCUUCGUUGGAGGCAACUUGGUUUCCUGGAAAAGUCCUUGCUGGUGAAAUUAUAACUAGUUUUGUACCCUCUAAUGAUCAAUUAGCAGAUAUAUUUACAAAGGCUUUGAGAGGUCCUCGAAUAGAGUUUAUAUGUAACAAGCUUGGUACUUAUGAUCUAUACGCUCCAGCUUGA